AUGGCACGAAGAAAUCCUCCACCACUUGUGACUGGAGUCUCGCCAAAGGAGGGGCCGCCAGGUACAAGGAUUACAAUCAGAGGAGAAAAUCUUGGAGAUGAUCCCAGGGACCUUAUCGGUCUCAAGAUAUGUGGUAUGGAUUGUCUCUUGUCCGCUGAAUGGAAAUCUUCAAGCAAGAUUAUUGCAAGAACUGGUCCAGGAAAGGGCAAGGGAGACAUUAUACCAAUCACCCGAUCAGGCGGUAAAGGAAGUUGUACAGUAGGCUUCAGAGGGUAUUUCCUUCAAAUUGGGCCACUUCAGGAGUCUGCAGUGUGGAUUGAUGAAUCUCAGACUGUUAGACCAAACUUGGAUCAUGGAAGACCAACAGCUGCCAUCGCUGCCAAAGAAGAAGAAGACCCUUUGGGAAUUCUGCAUGAAGGCGACAGACCUAAACUUAGUGAGGAGGAAUUGCUUGAAAUGUUCCCUGAGGCCUCUGGCAACAUGUCACUGGAAAAUUUUGCACCUGGUUGGUAUUUGUUGGAACGCCAUCAGAAUGCUAACUUUGAGGAUCUUAAGGCGGGACUCAGCUACAUGAAAAGAAAAGCUGGCCAGCGAUCAGAGGGCCCUAUAACCAUAGUUCGCUCGAACCUAACAUCAAUCUUAGAUUGUCUAGACAGCCUCUCAGCCAUGUAUGAAAAGUAUAAUGAAGAUGACAUACGAGGCAACUGCAUGAACUCAUAUGCUGUUCUGCUGAUGCAGGCCAAGUCUUGUGCUGAUGGACUGUUUCAAGAGGUGUUAGGACGAAAGGACAAGGCUGAUUCAACCAGAAAUGCUUUGAGUGUUAUCCAGAAGUUCCGCUUUUUAUUUCAUCUGCCACUGACUAUCCAAAGAAACAUCCAGAAAGGAGACUACAAUAUGGUCAUCAAUGAUUAUGAAAAAGCCAAGUCUUUGUUUGCCGACACGGAAAUCAAGGUUUUCAAAAAAGUGUACAGGGAGGUUGAACGAAGGAUUAAUAACUUCAGGGACAUGUUGCACAAGAGACUGAAGGAUCCACACAACACUUUGGACGAACAGAAGAAGCUCAUCAGAUACCUGGUGAGUUUGGAGUACAAAGGUGACCCAGCAUGGGAAUGCUUGGAUAACCAACAGAAAUGGCUGAUUGAGUUGUUGGAUGAUUGUAAAGAUGACCAUAUUGAAGAAGAAAAAAAUGCUCUUCAUGGAGACAACCUGGCCUCAUCACAGAACAGCUGUCACUGGAGGCCACUCAACAGAGUUAACAAGUCUCCAGUAAAAUCAGGUCUGUCAAGAGAAUCAAGUUUUUCCUCCUUGUCUUCAACAGAUCAGCACGCUGCUUGGAGAUACCGUACACCCCAGAAGGUGUUGUUUAUUGAAGAUAUUACAGACAUCAUGCUGCAGAAUUUUCCAGAUUACUGGAAGCUGGGCCAGAGCUAUUUCACCAGAGAGAAAUCGGAGAAAGGGGUGAAAAUUGACACCAGCAAGCAUGGCAAAAUGAAGCAAAUGAUGGCAGAAGUAAUCACCUUGUUUGCCAAUUAUGUAAGGGCGGCCUUUCUGCCUGAUUCCCUGGAAAAUUUACCUGAAGCUGACAGGGAGAAACUGGGGAUUUGGCCAACAACCGGCAAACAGGACCAUAUUUCUUGUUCUUGGCUUCCCACAUAUGUGAGAAAUAUUAGAAACUGUGCUAAUACACUGUCAGCACUAGACCCACAUGGUGAUACAUUUAUAGUUCUUAAUGAGUUGGCAUUUGACAUGAGAACAAACUGUAUGUUUACACUGCUCAAACAGGCAAUUUCAGACGUGAAGUGCUUGCAUACAAAGGAGACCUGGGUAGUUGAAACUGAUGAUGAAUAUGGCGGCACGACUCAACUGCCUGCUCUGUUUGAAAACAUUGUCAAUGAGACCAUUCAGCAUCUACAUGAGGUUGUCAUCAUGAACAAACCCUCAGAACCAGAGAUUUUCAGUCAGCGACCUAUUCAGAAGGAGGCCACAGCAUUGUGUAGUCAGCUUCUGCAAGCGUUCUCAGUUUGUAUGGAACAGCUGGUCUUUAGUCCUCCCUUGAAUAAAACAGAAUCUAAACCGAUCAAGAUUACACUUGGGCAAGAGGUGGACUUGGAACAGAUUGAAGAUCCUAUUCCAUCAAUGGACAAGAGAUUGAUCAUCAUGCUGAGCAACUGCUCCCACACCCUGGAGGUUGUUGUGCCAAGGAUCAUUGAGAACUUGACCAAACAUGGCUAUGUGGAGAUGGAGAAGGCCUUAAAGGCUGCACAAGAUACCUACAGAGAUCUAGACCAGCGUCUUUUCACCAGCUACAUAGAACAAAAGUCAGACCCCAUUAUCGGUGCCAUGGAGCCUAACAUGUAUCGAGGAGGCUUUAACUGGAAAACGUGGAAAAAUCCUGUUGGUGUCCGCAACUAUCUGAAGGAAAUUAUUAUGAGUAUCAUUGAAGUUCAUGCAGAGGUGUACAGCAUAUCACCCAAGUUUGUGAUGCGUGUCAUGAGAAAAAUCAUCGAGGCUGUGUGUGAAGAACUGUCCCGACUUGUUCAGUGUGUACACGAUUUCAACGCUGGUGGUGCUAUCCAGGCCAGAUUGGAACUUCAAGCAAUACAGAGUACUGUCCAGAUUUACAGCAAUCCUCGUAUAGAAGCUUGUUUUACGGAAGCUUUUGCUGCAGUUCCACAGUUGUCUAAUGAAGGGGAAAA